GUGAAUAUUUUUUUUCGAGCAGUUGUACUUUCAACGACUCCAAAAUUCCGGUACCGACGAGAAAUAAGGACCAUACCGGCCAUCACGGUAACGGUGAGAUGAACAACAAGAGGAAAAACAGGGGAGGGCCGCUGAGGACCCAGAGGGCUAGAUCUGUAAUAGCAGAAGGUGUUUACAAUAAUGCACAUUUUAUGCAUUCUGCGACUCUACAAAUCGGAAAUGUUGUUCGUAUAAAAACGGCUUCCGGUGUAGUAUGGGAAGGCGUGUUCAAGACAUUUUCGAGCAACUUCGAUGUCGUCCUCGAGGUGGCUGCAAAAGUCGACAAUCCAAACAGCCCAACUCAAACCCUAUUGGCGGAUAGUUUCGUCGAUAAGUUAAUUUUUAAAUCGGGCGACAUAUCAACGAUGGAAGCACGCGAUGUUGACUUGGAGUACCCCACAAAGGACACGUUUCAAACAGACACGGCUAUUUCAGCCCGUCUUAAUGGCAAUUCGAAUAAGGAAGAGAAAGAACUCGAACCGUGGGAACCCUCUUCGGGGAUCAACGGCGGCGACAACAUCCCCUUAGAGCUGGAGAACGCAAACGGUUGGGACGCCAAUGAUAUGUUUCGGAAAAAUGAGCAAGAAUACGGCGUUACUAGUACUUUUGACCAAUCGUUGAAGGGCUACACUGUGCCGUUACGGAGUGCCGAUACGGCCGAUUAUCGCGAGGCCGAAGCAAAAGCGGCACAAAUCGCCAACGAAAUCGAGAAUCAACCGCAGUAUAAGGCACGCCUUGAGCUCGAAAACGGCGAUGAAGAGGCGGCGUUUGCUGCCGUUGUUCGGCCGAAUCAAGAACCUAACGAUAAGUAUAUUCCGCCGGCGAAACGAAAGAAUCAAAAUUCGGGAAAAUUGGUGCGAAGUACGCCACCACCUUCCUCCACACAAGGCCCCUCCCCCAAAGGCAACGCUCCGCCUCCGAUGCCCUACCCAAACAACGUCCACGCAAUGCACAUGCCCCCGCCCAUGCAUCAAAUGCCCAAUCAUGGACGGCCGUCGCAUACGCCCCCGCAUGGGUACAACCAACCCAUGCGGCCGCCGUUGAACCAGAAUAGGGCACAGAUGAAUGGCGAGGCGAAGCCGAGGGGUCCUCGAGGUCCGUAUCCAGGAAAUAAUCAGCAACAAGCGCCGCCACCGCCGCCUCCGCAACAUCAACGAGAUGAUGCAAUGAAGGAUUUGCAUUCGUUUGCUCAGGAUUUCAAGUUGCCGCCACCAGUGCCGCCUAAUGAACAACAACCACCACCACAACCACCGAAUCUACAAGGACAAGUGCCUAUGGAACAGAUGGCGGCGGCGCAGCAACAAGUUAAACAACCGCCACCACCACAGCCACCACAACCACAACAGCCGCCGCCACAACAACCGACGCCGCCUCAACAGAGUAUAUCGCCACAACAGCAACAGCAGCAACAACAACAGCAAGAUCCGGUGGAGAAGGUGACGAAUACGUUCAAGAAGAGUACAUUGAAUCCGAAUGCGAAGGAGUUUGUGCUCAAUCCGGCGGCUAAACCGUUCCAGCCACGUUCUCCAAGCACGCCGUCAGCGAGCCGCCCCCACACCCCCCAAACCCCCUCUCACAGCCCAUACAUCCCUGCAACAGUGAGCGGUCCCGUAGGCCAACCCCACAUGCCUGUCAUGAUGCCGGUUGGCUACAUGAUGACAAGUCAACCCCAAUACCAGCCCCCGCCACAAGGUAGCCGCGUCCGUAAAAUUCCGAUGAGCCAAAUGCGUACGGACGUCACCAGUCAAAUGCAAGUCGCUGCGGCAACAGGUCAACCACUCCUAGCUCCGCCCAUUCAACAAUUCGUCUAUCCACCGGGCAUGAAUCCGCAAGGAUAUCAUCAAAUGCACACCCUUCGGAUGUACGAAACCCCGCCCCAAAUCCAAUACCUCCCACCCAAUCCAUCGAAUACGCCCUCGCCGGCCCAACCGCCCCAAUACACACCGGGCCAGGGCCCCCAGCCGCCGCCCCAACAGUAUCAAGCCCCGCCUCCGCAAAGUCAUCCGCAGUUUCAGCCUCUCAUGUGUUCCAUACUUCAUACCCAGCCGCACAUGAUGCAAAAUAUGCAGUACCUGCAGCAAGCCCCGCCUCCGCAACAUCCCAUUCCGGUUAUGCUCCCCCCACAACACCCACAAGCGCAACAGCAUGGGCCGGCCCCUUAGCGGUAAUCCACGUGUUGUGUUCUAGGUAAUUUUCAUUGGUCCCUAAUCCCACCCACUCCCUACUCCCGCAAACGUUAGUUUUUUUUGUUUUUUUUCGGUUGGUAAUACCCUACCUACGAGUGAUUGUUACAGACGGAGUCAAAAUUAAUCUUUUUUUACUUUUAGGUAAUUAAUAUCUAUGACAAGUAAAAAAUUUAAUCAGUUGCUUUAUCGUGUUGGUGACACUGUGGUGCAAUUUUACCAACUUUAUUAAAAACCAUGGUAAAACAAUCAAUUUUUUUUUCAUAUUUUCUUCACCCAUUUAAUUGACUGUUAAUAUACCAAGCUUCAAAAAAUUUUUUUCAAAGCGACUAUUUAUUAUUAUUAAUUGUGUGAGAGUGUACAGCGUGUGACAGAAUAUAGGCGUAUGGUACAGUAAGCGACCCAUUUAUCCCUAAGCUUGGAUAUUGACAUGGUCCCUCAUGACGUCUCAUUCAUUGCUUCAGUCGUCUGUAGUCCGGUUAUUUUUUUGUUGUUUCAAAAUUUUGUUGUUUUUUAUUAUUUGUUGUACGUUGUGUUGUUGAGGCAUUUCUACUCGAACAUUCAUUCAUUCCAUAAGCAGGUCAUCGUAUUAUUUCAUUUGUUUUCAGCAAUGAAAAAAAAUCGUCCCUGUUGCGAUUAUUGAUUUGUAAGAUAUGGGGACGAUCCUACUUGAAAGGUGCCUUAAAUAAAAAAUUUGUGUUUUUUCAUCACGUGCGAUGCAAUCUUUGGCACCUGAAACAUUUUUCGAUACUACGUGUUUCUCAAAAAUAACAAUGAUUCAAUUUUUUUUUGUUUUUUUUUGUAUAAGAUCAAAAUUAUUUAAAUUUUUUAUAGAUUAAGCGAUUGAAUAUUUAAAGCUGUGCAGAAUAUUUUUUAAUAGAUGGUCAACUCAGUUAAAAAAUCUGUAGAGCUGUGAAUAUUUUCAGUGCACCAUGUUGGUGCAGAAGUAAGUAUUGUCAAAAAAAAGCAGAAAAGCAGUUAACAGUUGUAUGAUUUUCGCAAAUAAAGUCACUUUGGUUUUAUUUGUA